AUGGUAAGGCACAGCUACAUCCACACAGGGACUAAACCCUAUUCCUGUGAGUUCUGCCAGUCAGCCUUCACCAGCAGCACUGCCUUGAAGAGGCACAGGAGAUUACAUGUGGGUGAAGAAACACUCCAGAGACAGCAACUAGACUUUGUAAGUGGGAAAAAGAGGGCUCGAAGACCUGUAAAGAAUUAUACAUGUGAUGAGUGUAACAUAGUGUUUUACAGCAGAGGACAUCUCAAUUUUCACCAGAAAUUUCAUGAGCAGUUUAAGGCUACUGCUAAUGGUUAUACAAAUCAGAGUGAUGAAUGUCAUGAAAGUACCAUAGGCAAAGUUGCCAGUAAUGCCCAGGACCAUGCUUCUUUGUCUCUUUCUGGUAAAGAAAACGGUUGUCUCAGUGGGGGAAUGCUGACUUCAGAAGUGGACUUUGCGUGGGCAGAUGAUGUGGGGGACAAAAAGGAAAUAUGCUUUGGAGAGAAAUCCCCUGAAAAUGGCCAUGGAAGCAACAGCUCACCUGUUAGUGGGAAUAGAUCAGAAGUUCUUCUGAAUUCAUACAAAAUGGACACUGUCAUUUACAAAGAGGAACCUCUCUUCAACUCCAAGGCCUCUCAUUCACAAGUUCAAGAUGAUGAUGUGUAUCACAGGUUCGUGGAAAACUUCCAGAGUGAGUGGCCUUCUAAUUUGUCUGUAUCCAAAACGUACAACUGCCAGCACUGCAGUUAUGCUACUGCUGUUCACAGCGACUUCAAGCUUCACUUAAGUAUACAUACAGAUGAAAGACCAUUUGUGUGUAAAGAAUGCAAUAAGACAUUCAAAACAUCAAACCAUUUGCAGAAGCACAGCCUCAUACACGUAAAGAGUGGAUAUGAGUUUGGCCAUUGUCUCUACGUAGGUAGCCAUUUAGAGAAUCUUGAACUGCACCGUGAAAUGCACGUAAGCAUGUGUCCAAAAAGAGAUCUGGGUUUCUCAGAAAGUUCUAACAGUUUCCAUUCCUUGUUUGGUUCAGAAGUCUGUGGAGUACAACCGGGUGUCCAGAGGGGUGGAGAAGAUGAUUUGCUAGCCCGAAGCCAGCCACAGUUCUACCAGUGUGCAGAGUGUGAGUAUGCUACUUACGUUUUAAGCAACCUUGAACUGCAUGUGAGAACUCACACGGGUGAGAAACCUUACAGCUGCAGCGUUUGUCAGAAGAAGUUUCGUACUUCCAGUCACCUGAGAAGGCACCAGGUCACCCAUUUUAACACAGAGCACCUCAAGUGCAGGAGCUGCGACUACUCCACCAACAAAUGGCUCUCCUUGAAACAGCACCUGGCCUCGCACUCCUGCGGGGGCACCUCAUCCACUGCUGCUUUCUACGAGCAGCAUCCCCUGCCCGUCAGAACGUACACGUGUGAGGAGUGUGGCUACUGCACGGCCCACAACGGGAACCUGAAGCCCCACCUGAGGACCCACACUGGGGAGAGGCCCUUCGCCUGCGGGCAGUGCGGCGCCGCCUUCCGCACCUCCAGCCACCUCAACCGGCACCUCCUCACCCACCUGCGGCUGCGCUGCAGGAGGUGCAAGUUCUCCACCUUGGACAAGCAGGCUUUCCACAAGCACGUGAAAACACACACGAAAGCAUACCACUGUCAGAGGUGUGCUGUGACGCUGCCCACCAGAAAACUUGCGGAAAAGCAUAAGCAGCAGCAUGGGCUCGGAGUAUAA